AUGUCGUCCCACGAUGGCACGCGCUCCAUGCGCCAGUCGAAACGGUAUUCCGUCACCGCCCUCUAUCUGUCCAUGUCCGCAAAGGAAAAGGACUUGGAAAUCGAAGAUGAUCUCGCAAAGGCCCAGAAAGCGCUGCGGGAACUCAAGGCCAGGAUAUCCUCGCAAUCGAAGAAGAAUUUCGUUCUCGAAAAGGACGUGAGAUAUCUGGAUUCUCGUAUUGCGUUGCUGAUUCAAAACCGCAUGGCUCUGGAGGAGCAAAACGAAGUUGCCAGCCACCUUGAUGAUUCGACCGAAUUGCAAGAGGGUUUCUUUCCUAAUGAUGAGAAGACUCAAAAACUGGUGUCCAUGGCCGAAAUCGAUUCGCUUCUCCAGACGGUCAUGUUCACGAUCUACGGAAACCAGUACGAAAGCAGAGAAGAGCACCUGCUGCUCACCAUGUUCCAGUCCGUCCUUACGCACCAGUUUGAACACACCCAAGAUUACUCGUCCCUCCUGCGAGCAAACACUCCGGUCUCUCGGAUGAUGACCACGUACACUCGGAGAGGCCCCGGUCAAAGCUACCUCAAAGUCGUCCUCGCGGAACGCAUCAACUCUCUCAUCGAGCUGAGAGACCUCGAUUUGGAGAUCAACCCGCUCAAGGUUUACGAGAAGAUGAUCCAGGAAAUCGAGGACAGCGAAGGCAGCCUUCCCGCGCACUUACCUCGGGGUGUCACGGCGGAGCAGGCGGCGGAGAACGAAACCGUUCAACAGAUCAUCGCACCGCGGUUGACCAUGCUGAUGGAAAUUGCAAACUCUUUCCUCUCGACAAUCAUCGACGGGCUCGAAGAGACUCCCUACGGAAUCCGGUGGAUUUGCAAGCAGAUUCGCAGUCUGUCGAAACGAAAGUAUCCGGACGCUUCGGACCACACGAUUUGCACGCUGAUCGGCGGUUUCUUCUUCCUCCGUUUCAUCAACCCGGCCAUCGUCACUCCGAGGUCCUACAUGCUGAUCGACGCCACGCCAGCGGAAAACCCGAAGCGCACGCUUACGUACAUUGCAAAGAUGCUGCAGAACCUGGCCAACAAGCCUUCGUACGCCAAGGAGCCGUACAUGGUCAAGCUGCAACCGUUCAUCCAGCAGAACAAGGAGCGUAUCAACAAGUUCAUGCUGGAUCUCUGUGAAGUCCAAGAUUUUUACGAGAGCUUGGAGAUGGACAACUACGUGGCGUUGUCGAAGAAGGAUCUCGAGCUGUCCAUCACUCUGAACGAAGUCUACGCGACGCACGCGUUGCUCGAGCGCCACGCCGUCGAGCUGACCAAGGACGAAAACUCCCACUUGGCGGUCCUGCUGCAGGAACUCGGACCUGCGCCACCCCAGCUUCCCCGAAAAGAAAACAGAGCCAUCAACCUGCCGUUGUUCAGCAAGUGGGAAACGCCAAUCGACGACCUCACGGCCGCCCUCGACAUCACCCAAGACGAGGUCUUCUUCAUGGAAGCCAAGUCCACUUUCGUGAUGAUCCUGCGGUCCCUCCCCCAGAACACUUCAAUCACCCGGAGGCCGCUCCGUUUGGACCGGAUAGCGGAAGCCGCGGCAACGACAAAGAACGAUUCGGUCAUGGUCAAGAAGGGAAUUCGCGCGAUGGAGCUGCUCAGUCAGCUGCAAGAAAACGGCGUCAUCGACAAGGAGGAUGGAUUCGCGCUCCUGCGCGACGAAAUCGAGCAGGAAUUGGUGCACCUUGGCUCGCUGAAGGACAAGGUGCUCGAGGAGACGCGAAAAUUGGAAGAAGUCUUCAAGACGAUCCGCGACCACAACGCCUACCUGGUGGGCCAGCUCGAGACGUACAAGUCUUACCUGCACAACGUUCGGAGCCAGUCCGAAGGCAAGUCGCGAAAGCAGCAGAAGCACCAAGUGCUCGGCCCGUACAAAUUCACGCACCAGCAGUUGGAGAAGGAGGGCGUCAUCCAAAAGAGCAACGUCCCGGAGAACCGAAGGGCCAACAUUUACUUCAACUUUACCAGCCCGCUGCCUGGUACCUUUGUCAUCUCCCUACACUACAAGGGCCGCAACCGAGGUCUGCUAGAGCUGGACCUCAAGCUCGACGACCUUUUGGAGAUGCAGAAAGACAACCAAGAAGAUCUCGAUCUCGAGUAUGUGCAGUUCAAUGUUACGAAGGUGCUGAACCUGCUCAACAAGCGCUUCGCGCGGAAGAACAAGGGCUGGUAA